ACAAGCCCUUGGAGGGAAGGGCUAGCAUUCACUGGGGCUGACAUUCAGAAGUUCUUGUCAGCUUAGCUCAAGGUCCACAUUUCAAGCCUCAGUUCAGUUAAUUUCUAGAGGCGACAAGCCAAAGCUCACUCACUCUUCUGGUUCCCACUGAGCUUGCUGCUUCGGAAGGGAAGUUCAUCCUCCCAGACAUCUAUUUCUACAAAGACUGAUUGCAGAGGGAGGCAGCUUUCAAGGCUAACAUAUCAUGAUCGUCCCACUGCAAGGUGCACAGAUGCUGCAGAUGCUGGAGAAAUCCUUGAGGAAGAGACUUCCAGAAUCUUUAAAGGUUUAUGGGACCAUCUAUCACAUGAACCAUGGAAACCCAUUCAAGCUAAAGGCCUUAGUAGACAAAUGGCCUAAUUUUAAUACAGUGGUUGUCCGACCUCAGGAACAGGAUAUGACAGAUGACCUUGAUUACUACACCAAUACUUACCAAAUCUACUCCAAAGAUCCUCAGAACUCUUGGGAAUUCCUGGGAUCUCCAGAAGUCAUCAAUUGGAAACAGCAUUUGCAGAUUCAAAGUUCUCAGUCCACCCUGAAUGAAGUGAUACAAAAUAUUGGCAGCACUAAAUCCUUCCAAGUCAACCACUCAGAAAACAUUCUUUUUGUGACAUGGGACACAGUCAAGACACUCUUCCCUGCCCUGCUGGAUGCCAAGAAAUUAUCGCCCGGUGAUGGCAAACCCAAGACCAUCAAUGAAGAUAUGUUUAAGCUCUCAUCCUUGGAUGUGUCCCAUGCUGCCUUGGUGAAUAAAUUCUGGCUUUUUGGUGGCAAUGAGAGGAGCCUGAGAUUCAUUGAACGCUGUAUAAAGAACUUCCCAAGCUCCUGUGUCCUGGGACCUGAGGGGACCCCUGCAUCCUGGACCCUAAUGGACCAGACUGGAGAGAUGCGAAUGGGAGGCACAAAGCCUGAGUACCGGGCCCAGGGCCUCGUCUCCUAUGUUGUCUAUUCACAGGACCAAAUUAUGAAGAAACAUGGCUUUCCGGUUUAUUCCCACACAGACCAUAGCAAUACAGCCAUGCAAAAGAUGAGCUACUCACUGCAUCAUAUCCCCAUGCCUUGUGCCUGGAACCAGUGGAAGUGUGUGCCUCAGUGAAGACAACACCAGUGUUGGGUGGGCCUGGGGAUGUAACUGGAGAGGCGGAUGGUGGGGAAAAAAUGAGAAUAAAUUGUAACCAGCACAAAGGA